AGGGGUCAGAGUGACGCCGCAAGAUGGCGGAGCCGGCGCUGCUCGAGGAGCUGCUGCGGAGGCUGCAGGAGGCGGGCGGAGGGGGAGCUGACAGCGGGGAGCUGGCCGCCCGCCUCGGAAUCGACCACCAGCUCGUGGUGGGCGCCGUCAAAAGCCUGCAGACGCUGGGCGAUGUGAUUGAGGCUGAGCUGCGAUCCAGCAAGCAUUGGGAGCUGACAGAUGAAGGAAAAGAGAUUGUGGAGAAAGGCAGUCAUGAAGCUCGGGUCUUUGAUGCCAUUCCACCAAAUGGAAUUACUCAGAGUGACCUGAUGAAAUUCCCAUGUGGAAAAGUGGGAUUCAACAAGGCCAUGUCCAGUAAGUGGAUACGCAUAGACAAGAAUGCUGAAGGAGGACCUCGGAUCUUUAAGGCUACUGAUUGCAUUGAAGAUGCUGUCAAAAACAAGUUGCUGCUGGUCCAACAGGGGAAGGACAGCAAACUGGAUGAUAAGGAGAAGAAUGAAUUGAAAAAGAGAAAGCUGCUCAGUGAGGUGACUGUGAAGACCUACUGGAUCACCAAAGGAAACUCAUUCAGCACCACAGUGGUUAAACAGGAUACUGAACUUACACCAGAGAUGAUAGCCAAUGGAUCGUGGAAAGAGAAGAAGUUCAAGCCGUACAACUUUGAUGCUAUGGGUAUCGUUCCAGAAUGCGGGCACCUGCACCCCUUGAUGAAAGUCCGAACGCAGUUCAGACAGAUAUUCCUGGAAAUGGGUUUCACAGAGAUGCCAACCAAUAAUUUCAUUGAGAGCUCAUUCUGGAACUUUGAUUCCCUCUUUCAACCCCAGCAACACCCAGCCCGAGACCAACAUGACACCUUCUUCCUGUCUGAGCCAGCCACUGCAACCAAAUUUCCAAUGGAUUACCUUGAAAGAGUAAAGAAAGUUCAUUCAGAGGGUGGAUAUGGAUCCCUGGGAUACAAAUAUGACUGGAAGAUUGAGGAAGCACAGAAGAAUCUCUUGCGAACACACACUACAGCUGUCAGUGCACGAAUGCUGUACAAACUUGCCCAAAAGGAAGCGUUUACACCCGUGAAGUAUUUCUCUAUCGACCGAGUCUUCCGUAACGAGACAUUGGACGCCACUCACUUGGCAGAAUUUCACCAAAUUGAGGGGGUGGUAGCAGAUUAUGAUCUGACGCUGGGCGACCUGAUGGGAGUUCUCCAACAGUUCUUCAGUAAACUUGGUAUAACCAAACUGCGUUAUAAGCCAGCCUUCAACCCCUACACAGAGCCUAGUAUGGAGAUCUUCAGCUAUCAUGAAGGAUUGAAGAAGUGGGUGGAAGUCGGAAACUCUGGGGUUUUCCGUCCUGAAAUGCUGCUUCCGAUGGGUCUACCAGAAAACGUGACGGUGAUAGCUUGGGGCCUCUCACUCGAGCGGCCAACCAUGAUCAAGUAUGGCAUCAACAACAUCCGUGAGCUGGUGGGACACAAGGUGAACCUGCAGAUGGUGUACGAUAGCCCAGUUUGCCGCCUGGAUCCCUAGCAUUUAGUGCAAACGGACUCUUUCUGAAGUGUGUGCUCUGCACGUCUUUAGCCUGAGGAAAGGUUUCACUAUAUAUUUAAGAUUGGGGAGAGGCAGAAUAAAGUUUUGGGCUUUCUAGCCCUGGGAAAUGGUUUACUAUCACUUGCCAUUUCAUUGUCUUGUUCAUGUUCCACUUAUUUUUGAGUUGGCCCUUUUGAGGUGUAGCAUGGACAUGACACGAACUUGUGGUUGUUGUGGAAAUGAGAGACAUCACAUUGAAAUAGAAGUGGAAACUGGAAUUGAACUGCAAGUAAAAGUUAAAUUAUUACUGUUUGGACUGUUACCAAAAUUGUUCUUAUUGUAGGUAUAUUGGAACCCUAUCUACUUACCACUAGACAGAGCAGAAUAUGAAAUCCUGAAACCAGCAAAAAGAAGCAGUGGUUUUAGUCAUUGUGCAAUCCUCCUUUUAUAAUUACCUGUAAUUGUGGUCCUGGCCCCUUUUUUCCUUUCUUCAUUCUGAAAGGCAGUCACUGUGGCACAUACCUCAUUGUCACAUGCUUUAAUUGUCUUGAUUCCUGGGCAGUAUGUUUAUAACAGCCACCUUGUAUCACAAAUUCAAAUGGGAACUGUAAUCUAAAGCAAUAAAUGGAGCAAAACUAAACUCUA